UCCGCCUUCUCCGAGUCUACCUUCCACUUCUCUCCCUCUCUCUCUCUCACACACACACACAACUCUGGUCACCGACAUUCAAAGAACUUUGUAUCAAACCCUAUUUGUCCUAAUUUCUAGAUCUCAAUUUGGUCGUAAAAACUCACUGAAAAGACCCGAUCUUCUUCCUCUAAUCUUCUCCAAUGCCAUUCAAUUUCCAACUUUCCUUUUCCACCUCCUAAAAACCCUUCAUUCGAAAUUUCUGUAACACUACUGUAAAUUCCACCUUUCGAUUCAAUACAAUGUUGGAGCGGUUUUUAGGCGCUCGUCGGAUUCGACAAAUCCAUAGAAUUCUUCGGAACGGCAAGCUCACACUGCUUUGCCUGUUCCUCACAGUCAUCGUCCUCCGGGGAAACUUGGGUGCCGGAAAAUUUGGAACGCCGGAGCAAGACUUGAAUGAGAUCCGCGAGACCUUCCACUACUACCGGAAAAGGGUGGAGCCCCGCCGUGUUCUGGAAGAAGCCGACGCAACAACCACCUCCACCGCCACUGACUCUUAUUCGGAUUCCAACAAUUACGCCACCUUCGAUAUCAAGAAACUUUUGGUUGAUGAGGAAGAAGGUGAUCAAAAACGAGAUCCAAACAAGCCCUAUAGUCUGGGACCUAAAAUCUCUGAUUGGGAUGAGCAAAGGGUUGAAUGGUUGAAGAAAAACUCGAAUUUUCCGAAUUUCAUUGCACCCAAUAAGCCUAGGGUGUUGUUGGUUACUGGGUCAUCGCCAAAACCGUGUGAAAACCCAGUGGGAGAUCAUUAUCUAUUGAAAUCGAUAAAGAACAAGAUUGAUUAUUGUAGGUUACAUGGGAUUGAGAUCUUUUACAAUUUCGCUUUGCUUGAUGCUGAAAUGGCUGGAUUCUGGGCUAAAUUGCCAUUGAUUAGGAAGCUUUUGUUGAUGCAUCCAGAGGUGGAGUUUCUGUGGUGGAUGGAUAGUGAUGCCAUGUUUACAGAUAUGGCAUUUGAGGUGCCAUGGGAGAGGUAUAAGGAUCAUAACUUUGUGAUGCAUGGGUGGAAUGAGAUGGUGUAUGAUCAGAAGAAUUGGAUUGGAUUGAACACUGGUAGUUUUUUGCUUAGGAAUUGUCAAUGGUCUCUGGACAUUCUUGAUGUCUGGGCACCAAUGGGGCCAAAAGGGAAGAUUAGGGAUGAGGCUGGGAAGAUAUUGACUAGAGAGCUUAAGGGUAGGCCAGUUUUUGAAGCUGAUGAUCAGUCUGCUAUGGUUUAUUUGUUGGAGAGUCAGAGGGAUAGGUGGGGUGAUAAGGUGUAUCUUGAAAAUGCUUAUUAUUUACAUGGUUAUUGGGGCAUUUUGGUGGAUAGGUAUGAGGAAAUGAUUGAGAAUUACCAUCCGGGUCUUGGCGAUCAUCGGUGGCCGCUUGUUACUCACUUUGUGGGUUGCAAGCCUUGUGGGAAGUUUGGAGAUUAUCCCGUGGAGAGGUGCUUGAAGCAGAUGGAUAGAGCAUUUAAUUUUGGGGAUAAUCAGAUUCUGCAGAUGUAUGGGUUCACUCACAAGUCACUUGCAAGUAGGAGAGUUAAGAGAACAAGGAAUGAGACUAGCAAUCCACUUGAAGUUAAGGAUGAGCUUGGGUUGCUUCACCCUGCAUUUAAAGCUGUCAAGGUAUCUUCAUGAAUGCGAAAGAAAUUGAUGGCUUCAAGUCAAAGAUUUAGAUGCCCUUUUUACCUCAUGAUUGUUUUUUUGAUGUACCUCUCUAUUUUUUAUACUUGCCAGUUUGUAUUUUGUUGUUAUCUGUAUUUGUCUGAGCUUAUUGGUUAUUGUAUUCCUUGAUUAACCACUAUCUUCUUGUGUCAUAGUGUUUUUUUUUUUAAGAUUAUAUAAUUAUCAAUGAAAACAUUGAAAAGCAUAGUCUAAUUUGUAUCGAGUGCUCUUCAAUUU